UCUGUGGAAAUCAGUGCCUAGACUUGGCUUAUACUCUACUGCAUAGCAAAAAUAUCAAUACAUAUACCAAAUCAGUAGCUUCUGGACCUAAAAAGAGAGGAAAAUAGGCAGAAAAAUGAAUUUAUGGAGGAAAAUGAGAAGGUCAGACUGGGUCUUUCCCACUGUUUUGCUUUCUCUUUAUGGUUUCUUUGCCAACUGCAGACCAGCAGAGCCUUUUCUUACACCAUAUUUAGUGGGACCCAAAAACAUCUCUGAGGAAGUAGUAACAAACUACCUGUUUCCCAUCUGGACGUACUCCUACCUGUCCCUGCUCUGCCCAGUCUUCCUACUGACGGAUUUGCUCAGAUACAAACCUCUGAUUGUAACUCAAGGCCUUUUUCUGGUCACAAAUUACAUCAUUUUGUGCUUUGCCAACAGCUUGCCCGCUCUAACCUACCUGCAGUUUAACUUUGCCAUGGUCACAUCCACCGAAGUGGCCUACUUUUCUUAUAUCUACAGCGUUAUUCCUCCUGAACGCUACCAGCGGGCCACGGGGUAUGUUCGCAGUGCUAUGCUAGCUGGGUAUACGUUUGGAGCCACAUUAGGGCAGAUGCUAAUAUCAUUAGCCAACACAAGCUACUUCCAUGUAAACACUGUUACUUUGAGUCUAAUGGUAGUGGCAUUGUGUAUUUCUUUGAGCCUCCCAAUGCCUCAGCAUGGAGUGUUUUUUAAGAAAAAGCAGGUGGAGGUGUCAGUGGACAUGAUGAAUGAGGUUGCAGAUGGAGGUUUUAGUUCGGCUCUAAAGAAAGAGGUUACAGGAAGGUGUUGUUCUUGCGAACACAUUAAAACAUCAGGAAAACAGAUGUGGGAGAGUCUGAAGGAGUCGUACUCAUCCAGAAGGCUGGUGCAGUGGUCGCUCUGGUGGGCUUUGGCUACGGCGGGUUAUGGACAGGUUUUUAAUUAUGUCCAGCUGAUGUGGGACCACAUUGAGCCCUCCAGCACGUCCUCAGUGUAUAAUGGUGGAGUAGAGGCCGUCAGCGCACUUGUAGGUGCUGCCGCAGCCUUCUCUGUUGGUUAUAUCCAGGUACAGUGGGGAGUUUGGGGUGAGCUCUCUCUGGGUGUUUUCUCUGCCAUCGGUGCCGGGUGUGUGUUUCUCAUGGGCCUCACCAACAGCAUCUGGCUGAGUUACGCAGGCUACGCCAUCUUUAAAGCCUCAUACAUGUUCCUCAUCACCAUCACAAUGUUUCAGAUAGCGGUGAACCUCUCUAUGGAAUGUUACGCUCUGACUUUUGGCCUUAACUCUUUUGUUGCCCUUACACUUCAAACUAUACUUACUGCCAUCGUGGUGGACAAUACAGCUCUGGGACUGGACAUUGCAACACAGUUUCUUGUAUAUGGAGGUUACUACAGCAUAAUCUCUGUACUGUUCCUCGUCCAAGGACUUUACACUGUUUGUAGGCAUUUCUGCACGUCUACAAACACAGAGGGGCUUUCUGCCAUCAUGGAGGAUCAACAGAAAUCAGACACAAGUGGGAAACAGGAAACACAAUCAUCAUCAUCACCACAAAACAAAGAACAUUCAGCACUACAGGCUUACACUGAAACUGCACUGUAAUAGGAUGUUGUAUGUUGCAUAAUAUAGGUAUUGUUCAUUUAUUCAGUAAGACUACUUAAACUCAUUUGUUGUUUCCUGUUUACGUUUUAAAAGAAGCCUAUUUUCACAAACCGAACAAAUAAAACAAUAUAAGAUUGUUUCGUGUAAACUAGCUAACAUGCUAACGUUGCGUCUAAGAUAUUAACAUGACAUGUUUAUCUUUCUUGUGAACAGAAUCAACAAAUGAAACCGCUAACAGGACGUCUUUUCUGUAAUAUAACACCGGAAGUUUUUGAAACAGGACGCUGGGAAUAGCGGAAGUGACGUCGACCAUUUGAAAUCUGGGAUUUGCAGUCGAACAGCCUCUUUUGCAGUAACAUUGAAAGUGUUCAUGUUUAUCCACAUUACUAGACUGCUUUUGUUUUGUAUGACUAUACAGUGAUCAUUACAGUUAUGUUUUCAUAAACGAACAGCACAGUGCAAUAUAAAACAAUACAGAUGUUGUUAAAUCUCUUAAAAUACAUUGUAUGAAUGAAUGCUAAAGUAGACGCAUACUAAUGAUGUCCAUCGGUUAAUAAAAAAAGCAAAG